GACCUUCGCCUCAUCAUCAGAAGCUUCUUGGACUUAUACCCAAAUACUAUUGACCAUCCCUGGUCAUCAUCUAUCCCCUUCUUAUCCUUCACUUCCGCCUUAGCCUGCGCUGCGCGGUGUGACUGUCUAGCCCCAGCAUCACUUUGCUGUCUCCCCUUGAUACCCAUCCCACCACAUACCCACCCCCUCUGUCCUUCCUGGCAGACAUCUGCUGCGUGAUACGCGCUGCCAUUGAUCUGCCGCGGUUGCGCAUCUUUGCACUUUUCGGAAUCUUUUCAAUUCUACCAGAAAGUCAAAUUCAUCAUGGCUACCACUCUCCGCCCCCAUGUUAGCCAGAACACUUCGUCUCUCCCCAUCAAUAUGCCCUCCAAGGCGCCAACCAGCGCAAGCUACUUUCCCAUUUCUCGUGUCUCUGGCUCCCCACCGGAGAUCUCCGACGUGAGCACCACCACCGGAAGUGCCAGCGAUUUUGAUGUUUCCUCCUCUGGCUAUUCCGGCGUCGAUGUCAUUGACACUUUGAACGACCGCAUGAGCAACGUCUUCGACUCUAGCAGAUUGGACACGGGAAUCGCAAAGCAGACCCAAAUCUCCGGCCAGCUCAACGCCAAGCAGCGAGAACUCCUCGAACUACAGGCCCUGAUGCAGCGCCGUGUCAAGGGCGCACGUGCAAACUUUGCUGAGGGAAUCAAAGCUGCAAAGGAGACGAAAUCUGACCUCGAAUGGACCCAUAAGCGGAUCAGCUCCAUGAAGGCGAAGGCUGAACGAAGUCUUCCUAGCGAAUAUCGCUCGGCCCACACCAAAUAUGCGUUCGAUGAAGACUGCUGAAUCCUCAAUAUUGCACCGCGCGUCUCAUCAUAUUUUUCUCUCCUUGACGACUUUAACGAGUUAUGGCUUUUUCUGGAUAUUCUUACUGUUGACAAAACUGUUCAGGAUCCUGCGGCGUAAUAUUCUCGGUUCGAUCCUUCUUUUCACAUAUCUGUAUUUUUUCUGGGAGGGUUUCUCAUUUGCAAGUUUGGAAAUUGGGAGGGUUGGCUUUCUGCGGUCAGUUUUUUAUCAGGUUUUUCAUUUGUCGGGAACUUUACUGUUUUUAAUUUUGCA